AUGCUUGUGCUUCAGAAUCGGCCAAUCCAACGUCGUCAAGACUCGAAUGUCUAUCUAGACUGGACCGGGGACACAGAGCCAAAUUGUGCUACUUCCUCUCUAUACACUAUCCAAGACGGCCGGCUUCUAGCAGAUGGAAAAUUCAUAUCAGCACCAGCAAAUAUACCACUUGUACAAUUCUCUGCUUCGGAAGCAAGAGAGGAAAUAGACACCAUCUUUGGCGUCACUGGUGACACACUCUUCUGGGACAAUCCCGCAUUCGACGGUGGUACCGCAAGAUUCUGCAUUGAUCAAAACAGCAAUAUUAGUGCUGUAUUCAAUGGCGAUCUACCCAACGACUGUUCCCCCAUAGUUUUGAGAACAAGAAGCCGCUCGUCCGACCCCCAGAAUCAGCAUGGCGGCUUGCCAGCAGGAGGGUUUUCACUAUUACCAGACGACAGCUCAGAGCAGCUGACUAGCGAACCCACGAGCUCGGGCAGCAGCGAAAUAGGUGAUACUGCUUCAGUUGCGGGCGUCUCGGCGGUCCAGUCCCCUAGUCCAGAUCAAAUCCUUAGACCGUCAACGAAAGAAAACAGCAACUCCUUGGAUCCAGUUACGCAAAGUCUAACCGGACUUUUAGCCUCGCCUACAGAAUUGGAGGGUCCAGUCGCAGAAUCUUCGCAACCGUCUUCAAGGCUUGCGACUCCGACCAGCGACGUGGCACAGGCAGGCAUUCUGAGCAGCUCAGCAACUGGGCCGGAUCAAUCUCCUCCAGAAAGCGAGCCAAUGCUGUCCUUGACCCCUCUCGGCGAAGCGACUUCUUCGCCUGUCAAACCAACAGCUCCAUCAUCUGCCAUGGUGCAAAGCAGCCGGAGCAGCCGCGUACCGGAAGAAGAAGUAUCUACCAUCGAAGAUGGCAACCCGAGUUCUACUGGGAAUCUACCCCCUCCCAUCCCGUCUUUCGAAGCCUCUACUACCGACGUCCCAAGGCCUACACGACCAUUCACAACCGAUAAUUUAUCGCUCUCUGGAGGCCCCAAGAAUCCGCCCUCAUUGACCUCCCCAAUGGCUUACAGCAGCGGUAAUACUUACUCGCCAACGAAUAUGUCUGCUAACGAUGUGAACAACACGGCAGAUUCGAUACUGGCGCCUAAACAGACUAUGUUCUCAUUCCUUUUCAAGUUUGAGCGUGACUUCAACACAACUCCCCUUCGACUCGCGUGA